AACAAACAACAAACGCAACAAACAUUACUGGUUUGCUGCAAUUCGUGAAAAUUGUGAACAAUUGUGAAAAAACAAAAACGUGAAUAAUUUACAACCAGUGUGAAGUUAUCGAUGAUUAAAGAUAAUCAAUAGAAAUCGUCUUCAAAAAAGUUUCCAGUAUGCACAGUAAUUGGCAGCUAAUUUUUGUUCAAAGUAUAUUUAAAAAAAAGUAACUUUUUAACGUUCAACCGUCACUGCAAUAUACCGCCCUCUCAGGACAACUAUUGGAAGUAUUCAUUCUUCCGGCGGACUUCAUUGUAUGCACAUCAGCUGCGCUGAAUCACAUCGUUUUUAUCAAGGAAAAUGGUAAUAUUUGGGAUUCGACGAAAAACGAUUUUCAAAUUAUCAUCAUUACCAAGAGACGCAGAUACAAUUACAUGGUUUACAACUCACACAAGAUUGUUUCUCUCAAGGAUUUAAUACUAUUUGCAACUAAUUUUGAUGAACCCAAUUGAAAGAUAAUUUAGGAGUCAUUUUUUAUUUAAAAAAGGCAAUUCUUGUUCCCUGUCGAUGCUGAAAAUGAUUUCAUCGGAAUUAAUAUAAAUACGGAAACAAUCGAGUGAGUUUAGAACACGGAAAAUAAUCAUCAAUAAUCUUGGACUCUCGUGACAAUGUUGGAAUUUCACAUCGUGGAGGGUGGUAUCCACAUUAGAAAGCGGAAGAUGAAUGUGAAAAGGAUUCGAGGCAGAAUGAAAAGCAGCUUUAUCACCACAAUCCAAUGACGUUCCAUGUUGGGUUCAUUUUCCUGAAAAUCAACUUUGGAAGGGAGAGAGAUUUUCUAUAAAAAUAAAUGCCUCGACGUCUAUUUUCGAAGAUGAAUCAUCGACAAAAGCUGACUUCUUGUGUACAUGUGCAAAAAGGAGACAUAACAUUUGCUGUGACAUGACGAGUAUAUACUUGACGUUUAUGGAGGAUCAUAAAAACGUGGUGCUCCAGAUCAAGAAUAUAUAUUGAAUUGUCUAAAGAGAAAAGUUUUCAACUUCCUCGCUGGAGAAUGAGUUAUAGGUAUAUAUACACAGACAACACUUGAAGAGUUUCUCAAAACAAGAAAUGAUAACAAAACUGCAUUGAAUUAUCAACAAUGCCACUGAGAUUGAUAUUAAAUUACACUUUGAUGACCCAGAAGCGGAGCAAUUGUGACAUGAUUACCAUACUUUCUGCACUUGAAAUUGUUUGAUUCUAUAAUUCUAAAGGAGGUGCUCGUAAUACAAUAACACCGGGAGAUCUGUCUGGACUGAAGGCACACCCCCGCCUCGUUAAAGUAUAUAUCCAGUAGGCAGAGAGAGGAGGCAGCUCAUAAAGAACAGAGACAAACAAAACACCAUCAAUCUAGCUUCAUCAAAGAUCCAGCCGCAAUGUUAUUAGAAACCUUGGAGCGAGUGGAGGGUUGGAAUUGCACUCCCUUGAGUGGCACGCGAGAGUUGAAGAAGAAGAAGAAGAAGAAGAGGAGGAGGAGGAGGAGGAUCUCGACAGGUCAGUCCUAGUUAACUCAUGGAAUGGCAUCACGAGGACCCUCGUCGACGGCCCUGCCGGUUGCGAUAGCAAUGGCGAGUUUGAUACUCGCAAGUUUACCAACAUUAUCUCAAGGAAUAUGUCCGGCACGAUGUCGAUGCAAUGACACGGCGCUGAUCGCGAGCUGCGUCUCAGGAAGUUUGGACGUGGUGCCAAUUCAGCUGAACCCAGAGAUUCGUCACCUCGACCUAUCGGGGAACCGCGUCGUCAGUGUCCAUCACACGUUCGACUUCUACGGCAACUUGAGAACACUGAACCUCGCGUCCAACUUGAUCCACACGCUCGGCUCGCACAAUUUUAAAUUCCAAUCGACACUCACAUCGCUGAACCUCAGCAACAAUGUUGUGAAAAACAUAACGAAGAAUGCCCUGCGUGGACUGAAGCUCCUCCGCGAAUUGGAUCUGUCGGGAAACAACAUCACCGAAAUGGAGGAAUUAUCGUUCCACGACACAAACGAAUUGGAAUAUCUUAAUUUGAGCGGUAAUUCAAUGACCAGUUUGCCCGAUGAUUUAUUGAAGAGUUUACCAUUAUUAAGAACAUUGCUAUUGAGUCGUAAUGUUCUAUUGGAAGUGCCAACGGGAAAUUUGGCAUUGGUGAAGCCGACCCUCGAAAUUCUCGAUUUAUCGAGUAAUCUCAUUGAGGAACUUGUUAGUGGUUCAUUGCCAUCAAUGAAUGUCCUUACAUUCUUGAAUUUAGCGGACAAUGGAAUAUUGAGGAUAGCGAACGAUGCAUUCGAUCAAUUGCCGAAUUUGAAAAUAUUAGAUUUAUCGGGAAACAAAUUGCCCUCGGUGCCUACGGUGGCGAUAUCAAGAUUGAAUGUACUGACAACAUUGACACUCAAUGGAAAUCCAUUGGAAUCGUUGCACAGUGUGGCCUUUCAAAACUUAUUUGAACUUAAAAAUUUGGAAUUAAAUAAUUGCUCGAUAGCCGACGUUCAUCCCCGGGCAUUCGCCGAUAAUGUUAAUCUCGAGCGUAUAUCAAUGGACGGAAAUCGUGAUCUGAGGGUACUGCCUGCGAGGGUGCUGUAUGGAGCGAGAUAUCUGAGGUGGGUCUCCCUGAGGCACUGCAGUCUGGCAACUCUGCAGCCGACUCAGUUCCCCGUUGAUGGACUUUCGUCCCUGCGGGUGGGCCACAAUCCCCUGGUGUGCAAUUGUUCCGUGCACUGGUUAUGGAACGUUCUUCGUGCCGAGGAAAGACGCAACGAGACCCGUCUCGAUUUGGACGUGCAGGAUAUUGUUUGUGUCGACGAGGAAUUCAUCGGCAAGUCACUAAUUUCGUUGCCCGAGGGUUCGCUCCGUUGUCGAUUGAGUCCUCUCUACCUCUCGCUGUCAGCUGCCGGAUGCCUCGCGGCGACCGCCACUAUUCUGGCGCUGAUAGUUCACGUGACACGGUCGAAGAGAAGAAAACGACCUGCUUACACGGCGCCCAAUCGACCUGAACUCCUCGUCUACGUGGGGCGCGGCAACAACGAGCUCGACAAGAACGCCGAGUCCUACAGUCGCCGCCUAAUCGCCGCGAGGAACGAGGAGCUGCUCUACGAGACGCCGAGGAGGAAGACGAGUCAGGAGUCGCUGGAGACCGCGACGAGGGACGCGGCCAACGUCUACGAGACGCCGAGGUACUCGCGACCCAACCGUCGCGAUCGCGAUCCGUAUGAGCGGCGACAAAUCGAGGAGGGAGUCUAUGCCGUGGCGGAUGUCACUGGUUUAGCGAGGGAUGAGCCGCCGGAAGUACUUUCACUAUAUCGGAUGCGUGCACCGUCAUCACUGCCGAGACCCAGCGCACCUUCUGUUCGCGACUAUGAUUACGAGUACGACUAUGAGCCCACGAUCCCUCAGAAACCGCACGUGGUUUUCGUGUGAACGUGUGUUUUUCUUCUUCUACUCCAAAUUUAUUCUUUCAUCUAAUAUUCUCUGAAAGAGAAUUUUUUGUGUAUAGCUUUUUUUGUGUGAGAACACGACGUUUUAAUAAGGGGCACAAAGGGAAGGUGUGAGGAUUUUUUUCGAAAAGGGUCCAGUGUGAAGACUGCGUUCCUUUUAUUAUUUUUUUAUUCUUGCAAAAACAAUUAGUUCGCCGUGAAUGAACUCGACGGGAAUGGAAAAGAUUUAUUCAUGUUGAAAAAUAAAUGGGAAUAUUUUUAUUGAGCUCUCUUUAUCGAUAUUUUACUAAAAUUGAAAUUUUAAACAAAUGCAAGUUGAAAAUACAAAAAUGAAAUGAAAAAUUAAAAAUACAAAUUGAAGAUUCUGGAAAAAAUUCUAGAAAAAAAUUAAAUAGUCUAAA